CCCCAACACAGUCAGUCGCUCGACCAGCAGCCUCAGCUCAACAUCCCAACACACUCAUAUAAUUAUGUUAUUCAAGGUGUGUCUGGUCCUGGUGGUGGCCGCCGUGGCUAUGGCUGACCCGGGUGACUACGGUGGACCCGUCUACGCCUCGGAGCCUCUGCCGUACUACUACGACUACAACGUGCAUGACGGCUACAAGGGCACCAACUUCGGCCAGCACGAGAAGUCCGACGGUAAAAAUGUGUACGGCUCCUACACCGUCGACCUCCCCGACGGUCGCAAACAAAGGGUGGACUACACAGCUGACCACUACAGGGGCUACGUGGCCAAGGUCAGCUACUACGGCAAGGCUCAGCACCCUAAGCACUACGGCCCCGCCGUCACCUUCUUCAACAAGGGCUACGGACACGGAGGCGGAUACCACUAGUCUUGGAUAACUUAACCUGCGCGACAACGAUUAUAUUUAUGUAAAGUGUAUGUGGAAGAAUAAACGAAAACUACCAAAUAUAUUUGUCAUUUGU